CGCGCACACAUCAAUUUCCCAGACUGACGGGAGGAGCUUUGGAUUAUAAUACGCAAUUUUAUACGAAUCCUCUCGGUUUAACGGAUGAUAAAACAAAGAUGGAUAUAUCGAGGGCGCUUUGGAUUUUAAUUCCACAGGUUAUUUUGAAAUAAAUAUUUAAUGGCUCGGAAAUGGAGAUAGCUUUGGUGAGUUUUGACAAGAAAGGGGAUGGAGGCAGUGAUGGAGAAAACUACCAAAACCAAAACUCACUGGAUUAUCCGCGGUCCAUGGUCCAAACGGAACUCAACAACGACAUGUACGCGCGACAGAGCUUGUGGAAAAUUAACGACAUGAACAACACGACGGGCUCCAGUGAGAAUACAGUGGAUUAUUAUAGCCCCCAUCUGUUUGACGAGGACCUCCUCAACGUGGACAUUGACCAUGAGAGCAACGAACGGGUUCUCAUCAACAUCGCCGGACUGAGGUUCGAGACCCAGUUGGGCACCCUCAACCAGUUUCCCGACACUUUACUCGGAGAUCCCGAGAAGAGGAUCAAGUAUUUCGACCCCCUCAGGAACGAGUAUUUCUUUGAUCGCAACCGACCCAGUUUUGACGGGAUACUUUAUUUCUAUCAGUCCGGUGGAAAGAUCCGUCGACCCGUUAACGUGUCGAUCGACGUUUUCGCGGACGAGAUCCGAUUUUAUCAGCUUGGAGAAGAAGCGAUGGAUCGUUUCCGCGAGGACGAGGGUUAUAUCAAAGAGGAGGACAAACCUUUGCCUCAAAACGAGUUUCAGAAACAAGUCUGGCUGAUUUUCGAGUACCCCGAAAGCUCGAGUCCCGCUCGGGGGAUCGCCAUCGUGUCCGUGAUCGUCAUCACCAUAUCCAUCAUCACCUUCUGUCUGGAAACUUUGCCGGAGUUUCGCGACGAGCGCGAGUUGGCGGUGUCGAGUCGCGCGAUCAAUGGCACGCAGGAGCGCCCGUCGCUCACUUUCAGCGACCCGUUCUUCAUCAUCGAGACCACCUGCGUGAUCUGGUUCACCUUUGAACUUUUCGUGCGGUUCUUCGCGUGCCCCAGCAAAUCCGAGUUUUCAAAGACCGUCAUGAACAUCAUCGACAUCAUGUCCAUCAUGCCCUACUUCAUCACGCUGGGCACGGAGCUGGUGGAGCAGCAGGGUCAAGAGCACAACAACGGGCAGCAAGCCAUGUCUUUGGCCAUCCUGAGGGUCAUUCGCUUGGUGCGGGUGUUCCGCAUCUUUAAGCUCUCCAGACACUCCAAGGGUCUCCAGAUCCUGGGUCAGACUCUGAAGGCUAGCAUGCGAGAGCUCGGUCUCUUGAUCUUCUUUCUCUUCAUCGGAGUCAUCUUGUUUUCGAGCGCCGUCUACUUCGCCGAGGCCGACGAACCCGAGUCUCACUUCUCCAGCAUCCCCGAUGCCUUCUGGUGGGCGGUGGUCACCAUGACGACCGUCGGCUACGGAGACAUGCGGCCGAUUACCGUGGGGGGCAAAAUCGUGGGCUCUCUUUGCGCCAUCGCCGGGGUUUUGACCAUCGCGCUACCGGUGCCCGUUAUCGUUUCCAACUUUAACUAUUUCUAUCACAGGGAAACUGACCAGGAUCAGGCGUCUCUCAGGGAUGAGCCUAGCGGCGCUCCCGCGGACAACGAACUUCAGGGGCUGAGGAAAUCAUCUAUGAGCUCAAAAGAUGGAGUACGCAACGAGGACGCAAACACACCCAUGGAGAAGGCGAACAUCAAAGCCAACAGCAGAAUGGAUAUUAAACGCUCCAUUUACUCGUUUUGCUUGGAUACCAGAGAAACAGACCUGUAGUUCACUGUCAGUGAAGUUCAAAGACUUUAAUACGCAUGCGCAACCAGAAGAUCCUCGCGCUGCUACAAUCCUAGAAAGUUGCGGUUAUUUUUCUAAAGCACAUUUUAAUCCUUUGAUCCCUUAAGCAUCAGCUGCUUUUACAAACCAUACCAUUUCAGGUUUUAGUCUACUAUUCAGAAUUGGAAACAUUAUUCAUAAUAAUAUAUUUUUUUAAAUUACAAAUAUGAAAAGUAGUCUAAUUAUUUGCGUUAAACUUUUUGUAGUAAGCGCAGAAAAGCCAAACUGAUGUUUUCUGCUUGGUACAGUACUAGUUCAAAACCAUGUUCGUGUUUCCAUUAUCUAAUUUUUUGGUGUUAAAUAUUUAGGAUCUCAUUCAAUAACACUUGAUGUUGGUCUAGAUCACCGUUUAUGUGAGUUGUCAGUGACUGUCAGUAUGCUACACUUCAUUCAUAACAAUUCUUAUUCACUUCAUUGAUUGAUGAAUCUAAUUGGUGCAUGAAAAGUAGGACAAUUUAAGAGGACUUCAAGAGGAUCUCAAAGGCCGUGCUGAAGGGUGUGGAAGAUUGGAUUGGCUGGAGACACCACAACAAAUGACCAAACCAGAGCAGACUUCAUCCACUCGGUCUCAGUUGACAGAGAUCAGAUGAAGAGCCGUGUCCUUGACAAAUUCACGUCUGCAGAAACCUGUGCCUUCACUUGAACCACAUCAAUCAUUUUCAACACGUCUGGGACCAAAUUGUGAGAUUCUGAAAGCCACCUUUACAGAUUAAACGGACAACUUUUGAAGCCAUGGAGUAUAGAAGAUAAAUGAAUGGAUUGAGAGUUUGAUUCCUGUAAGAAUUAUUCCCAUUCUGUGCAAUAUUUGUGAAGUUUGUGUAGAUUUUGAAGAAUUUAAGUUGGCUUAUUUUUGUAAAGUUUUCCCUGAUGUCUAUUUUUCUAAAUUAAGAGUUCACUUAUGAGAUAAAAUAGUGUUAGGUAAAGAAAUGCAUCUUUUUUUAAACAGAUGAUAAAGCCAUAUACCUCACACCUACUGUACAGUAUAACAAUGAUGUUUAAAAUAAUGUUUGCUGAAAUAGUUUGUCAUUAUUGUGUCAUUGUGUGAUCUAUGAUUAUAUUUUUGCUCUGUAUUUAAAUCAUUCUAGAUUUUUCUGUACAUUUGAUGUCUGCACUGUAAAACAAUUUGCUGUAGUUAUGCAGCUGUUUGCCAGUAACUUACUGUAGAUUUAAAUUGAUGUUAUUUCCUGUCAACAUUUUAAAAAAGUUAAAUGAGCAUUAAACAUUAACA